UGGUUUGCCCUCUUGGAAUAUUGAAGUAGUGAGUGUAUCUCGCGUGGUCCCUAGGUUUUUCUCUCCAUUUUGUCUAGCUUCACUGUAAGCUUAUCUGGCUACAGUUUCCUUUACAUCAUUUAAGUUUAAGUAUACUCGCUCAUAAUGGCUCAACAACCAACAGGAAGUGCUACAAGAGCUCUCGCUUUAGAAUACAAAAGUCUCCAAGAAGAGCCUGUUGAAGGUUUUCGCGUCAAGUUAGCUGAUGAUGAUAACCUAUUUGAAUGGGAAGUUGCGAUAUUUGGACCUCCAGAAACUUUGUAUGCAGGCGGAUAUUUUAAGGCACACAUGAAAUUCCCACCAGACUACCCUUAUUCACCACCUAGCAUUCGAUUCCUAACCAAAGUCUGGCACCCGAAUGUUUAUGAAAAUGGAGAUCUAUGCAUUUCAAUUCUACACCCACCAGUAGAUGACCCCCACUCAGGUGAACUGCCCUGCGAAAGGUGGAACCCCACUCAGAAUGUCCGAACAAUUCUUCUAUCUGUGAUCUCCUUAUUAAAUGAACCUAAUACCUACAGUCCUGCAAAUGUAGAUGCCUCAGUCAUGUACCGCCGCUGGUUUGAUUCCAAAGGAGCAGAUAAAGAAUACGAAAACAUCAUCAGGAAACAAGUAUCUGGAGGACGUUUAGAAGCGGAAAAAGAUGGUGUUACCAUCCCAAUGACACUGGAGGACUACUGUGUAAAAACAAAAGUGAAACAACCAGAGGCACCUUUAGACAUGACAGAUUUCUAUGUUGAUGACUAUGAUCUUGAUGAUGAUGACGAUGAUGAAGACCUAUCAGGUGAUGAUUUUGCUGGAGAUGGUGAUGACAGCGGUAACGGAGAAACGUAACCUCUGUUUUCUUCUUUCCAAACAAUUAUGCCCCUCUUCAAUCCUUUUUUUUCUCUCUUUUUUUAUUUUCUUGGAGUUUAAAAUUUAAGUUGAAGAAAAGUUGAGUUCUGCAGUGUUUUUAUUUUUUUUUCUGUAGAAGGAAUCAUUUGAGUCUGUAUUUAGAAUCAAGAGUCAAAGUAUUCAAGUAAAUUUUAGCAACUAGGUGCAUUUUCUCUAGCAUGGAAAAAGAAAAGAAAAUGUUGCUAAUAGUCUUAAAUCCGACCUGUCCAUUAAAAUGACAUAUAUUUACAUUGAAAUUGCAUGAAAUUGUAAUUAUUACACCGGAAAAAGUGUCACUACUUCGUUGGGAAUUAGUUUUCUCAAUAAAACUAUUGUCUCCUUUUGUAGCUUAGUCAUGCUUUCAAAACGCAAGUAAAUACUACAGAUCAUGGAAGUAUCCGUCCAAAUUUUGCACCAUCCUCAGUUGCUAAAAUCUGCUUUGAGACUGUUCAAACUUAUCAUUUUUUUUCUUUAUUUGUACAGUCGAGUAAAACUUCCUCAUCAUUUUUCCCCCAAUCACAAUGAAUCAAGUCACAUUUGCCAUUCUAAGUCCCUUUAUUUCUCUCACAUCUCAUCUACAUCAUAAUCAACUCAUUUAAUCAAACGAACCGUACCUUAAUAGUUGCCGGUACAUAAUUUUUUUCAAUUUUUUUUUGUUUCGGUGAAACUCAUUAGUGUAGAUCCGUAAGCUUCUGAAAUAAUCUAUUAGGUUAGUCAGCGAGGAAGAGGAGAAAAAAAGGGCGAUGAAAAGGCGAUAGAACUAUUUGAUAAUUUUUUUAUGAAUGAUAAUUUCAGAGAUCUGUUCUUUGUGGAAACACUUGAUCUUUCUAUCUUUGAUGAGUGUUAAAAGGAAAAUAUUUUUUUGAAAUUCUAAUUUUUCAUGAUUUCCCCUAAGUUUUUUGUACAUCAAAGGUGUCAAAUCAUGAUUUCAACUUGAAACCUCAAAAGGCGGAGAAUAUAUUAUGUAAAGUUCAUUUCAUUGCGUUUUUUUCCUCGAGUAAUUUUUCAUCUUCAUUUUCUCUAAUGUUUACCCUGAAUUUUGAAUCAUAAAUGGCUUCAUUUAAUCAUUCACCGACAACCGUUACUUUCCCUCUUUUAAUUGCCAUCAGAUGUUUUCAAAGGAAGUCAAAUAUUAUUCUGUCUAAUGGGUCAUUCUGUAAGAAAGAGAAGGAAAGGGUAAACAUAUUUAUCUUGAAAGAGAGGGGGAAAGGAAGCGUAAGGAGAACCAAAAUAACACUGUUCGUUAAAAUUGACUGCUUCUCAGCUUACUCGAGGAACCCUAUAAUGUUUUGUAAGACAAAAAUAAUGUAUGAAUUCCUCCCUGCUUAUUCUCUCAAAAUGGUAGCAGUAUUUGGAAUUUUAAUGCACAGCGCUGAUUCUGCAUCAAUGAGUUGUUGCAUUUUUUGAUGUCUGAUGGGCAAUAGAACUGGACAAUAAAGUGAAUCUUACUCUUUAAGUGUUCAAUACAUUCUGUAAGAAAAUGUCUUUAAGAUCAAUUAAAAUGUGCUCAAAUUCUUUCAGGGCUACAUUAGUAAGCAGUAGCAUAUCCAAAUACCCUCAGGUUACUAUGUUUGUAAAGUAACAUGCUUAAUCAAUUUUUAAUCUUCCAGCUAACAACAGUCGUAUCUUGCUUUUUUUUUAAGACUCUAGAUGUCAUGUUACAACUAGACUGUUCAGAAUUCUUGUUGGUUAUUAUAAUUUUAUUCAAUUUUUCAAUUAGUUUCUCAGUUAUGAUAAACUAGUCAAUGGACCAGUAGACAAGGUACAAAGUUAUAAGCAUUCUGAUACAUGUUCCAUUAUCAAAAUUUCAUGUAGAACACGAUUUUUGCAUCAAAAAUUACUGAAAUCAACUCCUAAGUAAGGUAUUCACGUUUUCAUUUUACAUUGUUUAUGGGAAAUUUGAAUUGCCCGGUCACAAGAAAUGCAAUACUCUUCGUGAGCCCAAUCCUAUACUACCACGGUUUUGGCUGGCCUCUCAAUCGAGCAAUUUUCAUUUCCCAACUUGUGUUGUUUAAACUAUAAACAACUCACUAUAACUGAGCCAAAUUGUCAAGAUUGAGGUUGCCAGACUUUCAUAUUGCAGAGACUAUCAUGGUAACAUUUAGUGUGCGCUUUAGACUCACGUAGACCAUUGUGUUUUCAUUAGCAAGCUGUUUAAAUUACUGUAUCAAAAAACAUCAAAUAUCUUGUUUAGGAGUCAAUAUCAGUAAUUUUCGUUGCUCGAAUUGUAUUCUACGUAAAAUUUUGGCUAUGUAACAUGUUGCAGAAUGCUUGACUUGGUACAUUGUCUAGUGGCCCAUUGGUAUGAUUCUGAACUGCCACCGAAAUCAAAGUAUUGUAGGGAAAAAUUUGAAAACUGAGCCAGCUGAGUGUCUUAGUGAACUACUUCUUCGGAACAAUCCUCAAUUCCCGUGCUCAUUUUCUCAAUCAUUAGUUUUCAGAAGUUAAAACUUGCUUUUGUAUGAAAAGAGUGAAAAGAGAAAAAUGAUUUUGUAUUUUAGUUUCUUAUUUAUUGUAUAUAUUGUUUUUAAUUAUUUCGUAACAUAGGUUGUUAUCAUUUCAAAUUUCUGUUCUUUGUAAAUAAUCUUCCUCUUGCUUGGCAAGUUUUCUCUUUGUUUUAUUUUCAUUAUUUCUCCUUUCUAUUUUUUUCUUGACUUAAUGUCCUCUCAGAUUUUAAUGGAAGUCUCUAUGUGUAAUUAAAACUUGUGAUUAAGUGAAAGUAAUAAAGAAGAAUGCAAACAGGUA